UUCUUGAAGAAAAAGCAAAACGAAAACACCAUAAAACCCUUGUUCAUUCAUUCAAUAAAAUCUCCUUCAAAUCCCUUGAUUCCUAUUCAAAUUUACAGAAAAUUAUACAAAAAAUAAAAAGAAGAAAGAUGGAUGUGAUAAAAUCACAGCAAUUAUCAUCAAGGCCGAUCGACAAAGUGGUGGUGCAUCCGUUAGUUCUCCUUAGCAUCGUCGACAACUACUAUCGUGUCGCUAAGGACACUCGCAAGCGUGUUGUUGGUGUUCUUCUUGGUUCCUCUUUCAAAGGCACCGUUGACGUCACCAACAGCUACGCAGUGCCUUUUGAGGAAGAUGACAGGGAUCCCAGCAUUUGGUUUCUUGAUCACAACUAUCAUGAGGCCAUGUUCUCCAUGUUUAAGAGAAUCAAUGCUAAGGAGCAUGUGGUAGGAUGGUAUAGCACUGGCCCAAAGCUGAGGGAGAAUGAUCUUGAUGUUCAUGGUUUAUUCAACGACUAUGUACCAAACCCUGUGCUGGUGAUUAUUGAUGUCCAACCAAAGGAAUUGGGAAUACCAACCAAAGCUUACUAUGCAAUUGAAGAGGUUAAGGAGAAUGCUACCCAGAAAAGCCAGAAGGUUUUUGUUCAUGUGCCCUCAGAAAUUGCCGCUCACGAAGUGGAAGAAAUUGGAGUGGAGCACUUGCUGAGGGAUGUGAAGGAUACGACCAUCAGUACCCUUGCAACAGAGGUCACUGGAAAGCUGGCAGCGUUGAAGGGUUUAGAUGCAAGACUGAAGGAGAUACGUGGAUAUCUGGACCUUGUCAUAGAUGGAAAACUUCCAUUAAACCACGAAAUCUUGUACCACCUACAGGACGUGUUCAACCUUCUACCAAAUUUGAAUGUGGCCGAUUUGAUUAAGGCAUUUGCAGUGAAAACAAAUGAUCAGAUGCUUGUUAUCUACCUUUCUUCCCUGAUCAGAAGUGUGAUUGCUCUUCACAACUUGAUCAAUAACAAGAUGCUUAACAAAGAACAUGAGAAGGCUGAGGAUGCAAAACCAACAACAGUAGCACCGGUUGCUGGGAGCUAAGCCUGCUUUAUGCCAGAAAUCCUUACAGUUUAUGAGGUUUUUCUUUCCGUAAUUUCAAGGUUCCCUUCCAAUGAGAGGCAAUGAAAUCAAUCUUUUAGAUGCUUAAUCUGAUUAGGUAUUUGUAUCAUUGCUGAAUCGCUCAUGUAGUAUGUUCAAUUCAGGUACUUUUGUGUUGAUCUUGAGACAUUUAGAAUCA